UUUGUUUUGGUUAUUGAUUUAUAAAAAUUUGAAAGAAAUAAAGACAAAAUAAAUUUGACCAUGUAAAUAGCAUCUACAAGAUACACUUUCCGUCCCACAACAAUUGUUCUAGUUGGUUUUGUUAAAAUUCCGGUGGCCGAGAACAAUGGAUUAAGUGUCAGUUAGUUCACUCUAUACAAAUGGAGGAAGAAAAUCAAGAAUCGCCGCCGGCGCCGGUUCAGAAAGAGAACGCCGGCAAGCCCAGUCUUACCGGGAAAACUACCAUUCCCGACCGGCUUAAGCUUCCCAAGGCAUUCAAAUACCCCGAAAGGUACACAAAUCCGACUGAUCAGAUUAUGUCCCCUGUUUCAAAGCGACUCCUUUGUAACGCCGGCAGAACCAGAAAGGCCGCCGCCGUUGCCGCCGCCGAUGCCGGGCCGUCGUUACCCCCAAAGCCUAUAAAGAUGCAAGCUUUAGCACCCCUUCAGCCUGACCGUCUCGAGAGUUGAUCUUUUUUAUUAAAAUAAAAUCCUUUGUGACAUUACUGUAAUUUUCCGAACUGAAUUUAUUUUCUGUUUUUAUGUACUAAAUACGGAGUUUUAUUUUGGAAAUUUAUGGCUAUUGUUUAAGAUAAAGUUGUGUGAUAUUU